CUUUCUGGGAGCCGGCAGAUCCGGCUCUCGUGGUGGCGGCGGCUGGAGUCUGACGUGGUGCAUCGAAUCAAAACACAAAGGGAGAAGGAAGCGCUGCCGCAGCAGCUGGGCCGCCUGCUCCCCAUCUCCCGCUUCUCUGUGCUCCCAGCUACAUCAGAACAGCUCCUUUCAGCAGCCAGGCAAAGGCGGUAUUCAGUUCUCUCAAGGUCUAAUUGUGGGUCCAUCUGAAUAACCAUGGCAGAAGGUGGAUUUGAUCCCUGUGAAUGUAUUUGCUCGCAUGAACAUGCCAUGAGGAGGCUGAUCAAUCUGUUAAGACAAUCCCAGUCCUACUGCACAGACACAGAAUGCUUUCAAGAAUUGCCAGGACCAAAUCCAUCUGCUGACAAUGGCAUCAGUGUUACAAUGAUAAUGAUGGGCUGGCUGCUUCUGGCACUUGUCUUGUACUUGAUGAGACCUGCCAACUUAAGGAGAUCAAUUACAGCUGAAAAGCCAUCCAGCCCACAUAACGGGCAAGAACCGCCUGCUCCACCUGUGGACUAGCACGUACUGGAAAAGCUCAACCGCUGUUAUCUUGAAUGACCAAAAGAACGAAACUGAUUGGAAUACUCCUAAUCCCUAUACAAUACUGUUCAGUUCUGUUUAUUUAAAAUCCCUUUUUACUUUUUUCAUGAUCAUUCCUAAAAGUUUACAUUUGAAUAAAUUAACAUCUGUAGUUGGAGGGUGGCGGGAAUUUUGGUGAUGAUUGCUGGAAUUCCACUCAUUGCCCCUUGUAGUAAUAUCUGAAAGAAAAUUAAAAUCUCUAUAUUUAUAAUUUGUUGAGCUUUUUCAAACAAAUUGUUCUCUUUCUUACAUAUGAUUAAAGUUGCAACAGUGGGUACAAUCCAGCAGCAAUACCUCUGUGAUCUUUGUACACCCCAUUUACUGGGGGCUUGCAUAGAAGUUUCCAGUGGACUGUACCCAUCAUCAGGAUUUCAAGUAGAAUAAUCCAAAUUGUAUUUCAUCAGUGCAACUUUUGAUUAACUUUAUGUCUAUUAAUUAGAAUUGUUUCUUGUGCACAGAAAUCUACUAUCUAUGAGUUCUUUAGUAUUGCCUAGAAGCACUUCCUUGUCUAACAUAAAGCCAAAUUAAAUAUAUUUAUUGGAAGGAAGCAAAAUAAUUUAGUAUGAUAUUUAGGACAAAGCCUGAAUAAUAAAAUGCUCUAUUCCAAACUAAGACUUACUUACAAUGUUUUUAAAAAAUCAAAAUCAGAAAUCAAAAUACAACAAUAAAGGCAGGUAGCAUGAAUCCUUCUCUGGAAUGGAUGUAACAAUCCAUGAAUCAAUCUCACUAUGCCUGCAAAUAUGUGCUUUGGAUAGAACAGUCCUGGUCCAAUGUAGCAUUGCAAACUAUACAGUAAAGUUAUUUGACCACUGCUAGAACCUUAAGGCCAGUACCAUUUUUUAAAGAUUAGGUUUAAUCUUAAACAUAUUUUCCUAGAUCUUACCAAGAUGAAUGGGAUUUAUUUCCAAGAAAGCCUAAGUGUGUCUUCAAAAGAGACACUUAUUUCAUUCUCUAAAAUUUACCAUUUUGUGGUAAUAUCACGCCAAUCACGAUCAUUUAUUUUCACUUGUUAACAUUUUCAUACUAUUAGGAAUAGCAUGUCAGGUCUGUGCCUGUAGAGCAGGGCUGGGCCACUUGUGGCCCUCCAGAUGUUUUGCCCUCCAUCUACCAUCAUUCCUCACUAUUGGCUAGGGCUGAUAGGAGUUGUAGGCCAAGAAAUCUGGAGGGCCACAAGUUGUCCAGUCCUGCUCAAGGGCAGAAGUUCAGCUAUCAUUUUUAUGGAUAUCAAUCAGCUACUGACAAUGUACUUCUUGUAGAUUCUCCCACCUGUUCACAUAAAUAGAAAAUAUAAUUUGCAUAUAUUAAACAUAGUUUUAGUGGCUGCUGUUUGAAUUUUAAAAUGCUGUUCCAUGCAUUAUAAAUCAUGUUACUUAGAUUCACAGGCUUCCCCCGUAAAUGAGAGAGAAAUGUUCACUUGUGAGAGCACCUGAGAUUUUUUAAUCACUAACUACACCCUCAUUCCCUUUCAUAGAAAAAUUGAAUAGAAUUCCCAGCAACUGGAAUGUGUAAGUGCCACUCUGAAUAUUACAGAAAAUAUGCAUAGUUUAGGUGAUAACGUUCUGACUGUACUACUUGUGUUUGCAGGGGUGUGGCGGAUGUUCUUUUUCUGAAUGUUCUUCCACAAACAACAUUUCCUGCUUCUAGCAAACUAACAUGUUAGAGAGGGCCUUGCUGAACUUUAGUACCUGAUGUGCUAGCUUACCGGAGCCUCCCACUGGUGGGAAAUUCAAUAAUAAUAGGAUUAACCCACCAGCAGCCUCAAGUGGUUCAACCCAGAAUUCUACCAUUUCAGUAUAUGUAACAGUAAUGUGUUAAACAGCUUUAAUGCUGAAAGUAUGCUUUAGUUUGGCUUCUUUGAACAGAUGCUUCAGUAAGGCUUAAUUUAUAGUUGCUGGCAAUGGAAUGUAAGUUUUGCCAUUUGCAUUCCUGUGCAUUCUUAGCUUUCAUCCUGAAUUUCAUUCUUGAAAUGACUGACAAGGAAAAUAUAAGAUGAUUUGGUAUGCAUGAAUAUCUGAAUGUGUGUGUGUACUUCCAGUUCAAUGAUUGAAAAGGAAAGUUGCUUAUAUGUAUGUAUUAAGUAAUUUAAGAACUUCAUACAACUUAAUUCUCUGUGUGUUUACUGGGAAGUAAGUACUAUUAUGUCACUGGCAAUUUUUCCUCAGUCAGUGUGCAUAAGAUUGCAGCUUUAGUGAUACAAAGAAAGGUAACAUUGCCUAUUUUUUAUGACUUUGAAAGAGACAUAAAGAACUCUUUUGUGUUUCUCAAACUAUAUGAAACUUUGUCCCAACAAAAUUAUAGCAAUUUAGCCAAAACUGCAGUAAAACAGCUUUUAAUAAUUAUAUUAGCAGAACUGUACAGUUUUGCUUUGUUUUAAUGCAUUUUCCCCAGUUCUCUAUUAAGUUUGUAUUAAUGGCUUCUAAAAUAUGGAUCUCGAACAAAAAUAUUCUUUUCAUGUUUCCACCUUGUCACGGGACAAUUAAACCAGUUUCAAUGGGUUGGAUCCAGAGUUAAGCAUGUGUAAUAGGGUUAGUGGAAGCUGAAUUCCCCUCCCACUCUAUCCCAUGGCAUUUCCCCCAAGCCCCUUGAAAAUACUUUAUGAAGGGUUGAGGGGCCCUGCUGAAUGUGGUAUGCUGAGGACUGGUGGGAAUCCCCAAAAAUCAAGUUGAGGCAACUUCUGUGAGUACCCUUGUGGAAAGUGCCUCUGCCUCAUUUGGGGUGGGUGAAUCCCCCUUCCUCCUCAUGCCACAGCCCACUGCAUUCAGCAGGGUCUCCCAACAGUCAGAAUGGUUUUUGAAGGGCUGGUAAGGAGAAGAGGACAAGUGAGUCAGCUUCAGCCAGCCCGGUUACAUAUACUUAACUCUGGAUCCAACUCAUUGUGAAUUACAUCUGUACAGUAGAAUCAAUGUAUCCUAACAAGGCUCUGAAAUGGUGUUAUGGUGAGUUGUGCACUUCUGAGUGGGGGAAAACCAGUAACAAUUUAACAACCCUCCUCCGAUAUAGCUGAAUGUAGACGACUUAAGUCAGUUAGUGAAUGAGGUAUUCACAUUCAUGUUGCCCCAGCAGCAGCCACAUCAAUCCCAACACUUACUCAUAGUAUGCUCUAAGAUGGUGUUUUUCAAACUAUUGAGUUUCAAAGAGCCUGUUCCACAUUGACUCAUCUACCACGGAAUUGCAUUAAAGAGGUUUCCGGGACAUGUUCUAUCAUGUACAUUAUUUGAGUAAGCUGGGCCUGGUACUGCUGUUGCUUUGUAUGGACUAGAAUUCUAGACUCAAAAGCAUAACUCAGUUCUGUGCAGAGAUUUAAGUGCACAAUCUUUAAAGUUUAAAUGCCUCUAAAUACCCUCUUUCAAAUAUCAUGCCAGAAUUAGCUUGCCGUCUGGAUGGGGAAUCCCUAGGGGUCAUAUCUGGCCCACAGGCCUAAGGUUCCUCACCCCUGCUCUAUCCAAAACCUAUGCAUAUUGCAAGGAAAAACCAGUAAUGGUGGAGAAGGCUGCCUAUGGCCCUUCAUGGAGGGGCCAUAGCUCAGAGCACAUGAUUUGCAUGCAGAAGGUCCCAGGUUCAAUCAUAGAAUCACAGAAUAGUAGAGUUGGAAGGGGCCUAUAAGGCCAUCGAGUCCAACCCCUGCUCAAUGCAGGCCACCUUAAAGCAUCCCUGACAGAUGGUUGUCCAGCUGCAUCUUGAAUGCCUCUAGUGUAGGAGAGUCCACAACCCCCCUAGAUAACUGGUUCAAUUGUCGUACUGCUCUAACAGGAAGUUUUUCCUGAUGUCCAGUAGGAAUCUGGCUUCCUGUAAUUUGAACCCAUUAUUCUGUGUCUUCUCCCUGGCUUCUCCAGGUAGGGUUAGGAAAGACUUCUGUCUGAAACUCUGGAGAGCUGCUCCCAUUCAGUGUUGACAGUACUGGGCUAGAUGAACCAAUGGUCUGACUCCGUGUAAGGCAGCUUCCUAUGUUCCAUUAUUGAUCUUACUGAGCAAACCCUGAGAAGCUUCAAAGGAACGCAAGGGUCGUUGAAACACUUUGAGAACAACAGCUUUUAAAUUUUUUGACAUAAGGAUGCUGGGGAAGCAAAACAUGUUCAAAAUCAGAGUUGUCUACUAGCAGUGUGUGUGUUUCACAGGUAGGUGAAUAAUCCAAUAAGAUGCCCACAUUGCAUUCUCCUUCCUGCUCCAGUAUAAUAUGCACACAGAUUGGGGAUAUUUCCUGGAAGACUCUCACCCCUUUAGCAACUGCCAGUGCCUCUUUACAAGAUUGGCCUCCUAGAAGAACUAUGGACUUAGAAUAGGAUCUGCCCAAACCCUUAGGUAACCCUCAGAGGCCCAAAGUCAGUUAACUCAAUGAUGUUACCAGGUGGCUUCAAGACAGGUCUUUCUCUGUUGUGGCACUGCACUUAUGGAAUGCCGUUCCCAAGAAGGCUUGCCUGGAAGUCACAUUUGUCUUUGGCACCAGGUGAAGACACCUUUCUUCUCCCAGGCAUUUUAGAUUAUUGUACUUGUUGUUUUUAAAGUUUUAUUGUGUGAGCUGUCUUGAGAACUUUUUGUUAUAGGUGCCAUAUAAAAUAAGCCAGUUAGAUCUAAUGAUUAGUCUUGGAAAGAGAUUGAGGAGACCUGGGUUCAAGUCUCACUCUGCCAUGAAGCUCACUGGGUGAUUUGUGGCCAGUUACAGACUCUCAACCUAACCUACCUCACAGGGUUGUUGUGAGGAUAAAAUGGAGAGAAGGAGGAUCCUGCGUGCCACCUUGGGCUCCUUGGAGGAAAAGGCAGGAUAUAAAUGUAAUACAAAUAUAUAUACACACACACAUAUAUAUUUGUAUGAAAUGUUUAGUGCUCAGCUAGUAAGACAUAGAAGUUACAUCUACUUGAUAAAAAGAAGAAAGCAAGUUUACAGUUUAUGCUUUAGUUUAUAACAUUUUUUUCCUGCUUUAAAUGAAGAAACUAGACAUGAUGUGCAAGUUCCACGAUUAGGAUUUCACACAGUAAACACAUCAAAAAUUAAUAGUAGAUCUAGGUGGAAUUGGAUUAGGGAUGUGACAUCCAUUCAGAAGACACUUUAAAUCAUGGCUUUAACCACUGCGAAUAAAGCUUUUUGCCUUGUUCACUGUGGUUUAAGGUGUCUUCUGAACAGAACCCCUGGGGGAGGAUAGAGUUAACCUUUCUCCAUGCUGUUUUCUUAAUUAAAAUAAUCUCCAUCUGCUAAAUAAUUUCAGACAAUUGUUUUAAUUAUAAAAGUACCAUGGGGUAAAAAAAACACCCCACUCUUCCUCCAGCACUGUAACCAAUAUCAAAUCCUAUUCCACAGCUCUUACUAACUUGUUUAAAAAUCACAGGAGAUCCUGAUCGUUGAUCUACAUCACAUCUUGACUGACACUUAGGUGCCAAAAUGGAGAUUUGCAUUAUAUACAGAACAUCAGCAGAUCACUUUGCCUUAGUUUAUAAU